GGGGCGCAGACCUGAACUUUCAGAGGAAUCGGCCUUCCGUCAACUUAAUGUCUUGGUGUGAGAUUGCCGGAGCGGAUGUACGAACAAAUAAGUCAACUAAUAACUAAGCAUGAGAGGUUAAGUAUAUUGUUGUGAAGUGCUGCAGGUGGCAGUGUGGAGUGAACAGUGAUGUCCCGGCGAAAUCGUAAACGGUGUACUUGGUGCAUUCUUCUGUGCUGCGCCCUUUUCUCCUUGGCUUGUUUACAGUUUUUCUUCCUUGAAGUAUCCACUCAAAUUCACCAUACGUCAGGUCAUGCAAACAAGGACAGGACAACCACUUACAUACAGAAUCUCAGCACCGUUGCCACCAGCUUGAAAACUUCCACAUAUGAUGACACCUGUCCAGUUUUCAGGCUGCAGUCAGAGAAAGAGAGGCCACAGAAGGAGGUAGCUUGCAUCCGAGCAGAUUUUGUACCAGGUUCUUGUCGCAUCAUGAAAGAGUUGUUCGCCGAUAAAGAGCCUGCCAACUGUUCCCACCAGCUCUCAGAUGUGAUUUGUACGAUUACGCAAUAUAAUCCCUCAAAGCCUGAAGCAACCUGUCGCCACGAUCUGUGCAGUAAAUCAUCCUCGGUAGUUGUAGGAUUGUACAAUGAAGAGCUGGGUGUUAAUCAGUGGCUGAAGUUUACGUCCACAGUGGAAACAGUGAUGUUUAUUAAUGAAGAGCUGCUGAUGGAUGGGAGGACCUAUCACCAUGGUUACUGUUUUAUACGCUGUCUCAGCCAUCAUGGGAGGAAGAUGUCACAACUUCUUAUUCUACCUCCUGUUCUGCAUGAAGAUCACAGAUCCACCAGCAAACUUACAAAUGAACCUGCACUGAAUGUGAAUAUUUUACUCUUGGAUUCUGUAUCCAGGCACCAUUUUUAUAGAAGUCUAUCAAAAACUAUUGAUGCAUUCAGAAAUCUGAAUACUAAUGUGCUCAAAACUGGACAAGUAUUUGACUUUGAACUGGUUCAAGGUAUAAAAAGUAGGACAUUUGAGUCUCUUCAGGCUCUGUUUGGUGGUGAGUCAUUCAAGCCACUUAAACCAUUCAGUUCAUUUGAUCUGCCACCAAAGGCUGUGGAUUUCAACAAAACACUUGGAAGCUUUAAAAGAUUUGGAUACGAGACUUUAUAUUUGGAAGACAUGUGCUGGAAGUGGGACUGGGGUUUGGUGAAAGAGCUGAGAGCUCUUAAUAAAAAAGUACCAUUUUCAGAAAGGGCACAGCUGUUUUUGGAAGCAGCCAGGAGAAGUGGAAUUGACAGGAUGGAUGUUUCAUAUUCUAGCUGUGAUAUUCUUCAAGAAAAUGGGGUGAAGGAUAUGUUCCAUGGUCCCGCUGCUCUAUGUUACAAUGGUAUCCAUCAACACGCCUACCUCCUCCAGUAUAUUGAGCACUUUGUCACGCGUUUUUCUUUCCUGCAAAAGCCCUUUUUCAGCUUUCUUAUGCUGGACACUAAUCAUGAAGAUACAGGUCUCAGGUUAAAGCAAGUAGAUGAGGACCUGUCCAAACACGUAACUUUCUUGGCUGAUCAACAAAACACUCUAACCUUCAUUCUUUCAGACCAUGGCAAUAGCUAUGGGGAGUUUGUCUUGAUGUCUACAGAAUCUCAAAUAGAGUUAUUCCACACCACACUUUUUGUCAUUGUCCCAGAUAGAGCAGCUGCCUUACUAGGUGAAGAGAAGAUUCGAUCCUUGCAUACGAACCAACACAGGCUGAUCAGCCUCCUUGAUGUUCAUCAUACCUUACAAGGUCUAUUACCACGUGCUGGAGCCAUGGAAGAGAAUAGUGUGAAUUAUGGGAUAAAUAUUGAUGGAUUGCUGAGCCCAGUUUCUCCAAAUAGGACCUGUGACAGCAUUCCAAGGAUUCCUCCGAACUUUUGCAUUUGCCAAGAUUUGGAAAAACCGGUAGUGAGUGAUUUCAGUUUUGCGCUGCUUGCGGAAUUUGCACUUGGUCAAAUGAACCAUGAGAUCCUUCAACAACAGGUAACUGCAAAAGGUGCUCAUGGAGGAUACUGGGCCUGUCAAAAAUUAGUUGGUGUUAGAUUUGACAAUGUGAAAAUUCGUGAAGAGCUCAGAAAUGAGACUGUUGUGAAACUUGACCUUUAUGUAAAGGGUUCUGAAAUUACAGGCCGUGAGGAAGAAAAAUACUUGGUAGUUAUAGACUUCAACUUUCUGGUCGAUGCUUCAAUGACUUUAGUAGGAUUUGACCGUUUGACUCCAUACAGCCCUUAUGAGAUUUGUGCUAAUCAUGAUCUAAGAUUUAAGAUUGAUUUAAGAUUGUGCAUUUGUGAUGUAGAAAAUAUCCAGGAAGCACCCAAUCCAUAUUGGAAGAAUACUUUGACCUCAUCAGUGUCUUGGAUGGAGACUAAUUUCAGUUCAAUUCAUGAGGAUUGUCUGUUCCUUAUCAAAAGGCAGUAUAACUCAGGUGUUGUUUUGGCAGUGUUUAAUGCCUGCUCAAAUUUGCACUAUGACAUAGAAUUUGACUUCCUGACUGUAAAUAUGUACUCUUCAACUGUGAUGCCUGUAAAUGUGACACUUUGGUCAGGAUCAGAGGAGCUCUUGACUGUUGGAUUUCAGAAAACUAAGGGAAAACCCUGGAAGUAUAAAUAUUCUUUGAAUUACAGAGCAUUUGCUUUAUAGAUGAAACCCCACACAUGUUCUCUCUUAACAGAAACAUUUUCAAUUCAGUAAAAUGAAUUUGGACGACCUUUAGAGUUGUAGCUAUUAUGUGGAGUAUGCCUAGCACUGAAAAAGGAGCACAGAAAAAAAACAGUUCUAGAAUAGAAGUCCUAAACCUGCAACACAAUCUGCAGGAAAAUGACACAAAUCUUGAGUGCUUUUUCUUAAUAGCAAGAAUAGCAGAUUUUUGGGAAGAAAUCCCAAUUUAUGACUGUGUUUCAUUUCUGUAGAUUGUCUCCUGUUUUAGCAGCUGGUGAAUCCUUAUGUGUGGCAUUAAACCGAAGGUAUCCUUUUGGCUGUCUGGUUAUAGCUGGACUUCUACAAGGCUUCUAGCUCAUUCCAGGAACUUUUCCUUCUUCAUAUCCACUGCAGUGUUAAACUAUCUCUCUUUAUAAACCCAAACCUUCAGGUUUCUCUGUCUCCUUGCUCAUUACUGUAUUUUCAUGUUGUUCUGCAGUUUAGAUUUCCUGAUAUUUGUCUGUGUUAGCACUCUUGGUUGAAUAGUGAGAGUUGUUAGCACAGACUAGCUAAACCAUCUUCCUAAUGGAGAGGAGAAAUAUUUAUUCUUGGAAUCAUUUCUGCACAAAUUUCACAACUCAAUCAUUUUCCUUGUCUAACAUGAACUGAAAGAUGAUCUAGAUAAUGUGCUUGCUUAUUCUGAUCGUGUAAAUUGGAGUAUCUUUUGGUAAUCAGAUUCGGGUUUAAUAUCACCAGAAUAUGUCACGAAAUUUGUUAACUUUGCAGCGGCAGUGCAAUGCAAUACCUGAUAAAUAUACAUAAAACUGAAUUACAGUAAUUAUAUGCAGUGUACAUAUAUUAAAUGGUUAAAAUUAAAUAAGCAAUGCAAGGACAGAGAUUAAAAAAUAGUGAGGUAGUGUUCGUGGGUUCAACGUCCAUUCAGAAAUCGGAUGGCAGAGGGGAAGCAGCUGUUCCUGAAUCACUGAGUGUGUGCCUUCAGGCUGCAGUACUUCAUUCCUGAUGGUAACAGUGAGAAGAGGGCAUGUUCUGCACGGUGGGGGUCCAUAAAGAUGAAUGCCUAGUUUUCGAGGCACCGCUCCUUGAGGAUGUCUUGGAUGCUAUGGAAGCUAGUACCCAUGAUGGAGCUGACUAAUUUUACAACUCUCUACACUGUGUAGAAAGUGAUGUCAUCAGUCAGAAUGCUUUUCACGCAACAUCUGUAGAGAUUUUGGAGUGUUUUAGGUGACAUUCCAAAUCCCCUCAAACUCCUAAUGAAAUACAGCCGCCAUCUUGCCGCCUUUGUGGCUGCAUUGAUGUGUUAGGACCAGGUUAGGUCCUCAAAGAUUUUGACAGCAAGGAAGUUGAAAUUGCUCACUUUCUCCAUCUCUGAUCUCCCUGAGGAUUGGUGUGUGGUUCCCUCGCCAUCUUACCCUUUUUGAAUCAGUUCUUUGGUCUUACUGAUAUUGAGUGCAAAGAUAUUGCUAUGAUACUACUCAACUAGCCGAUAUAUCUUGCUCCGGUAUGCUUUCUUGUUACCAUCUGAGAGUUUACCAACAAUGGUUGUAUCAUCAGCAAAUUUAUAGACGGCAUUUGAACUGUGCCUGGCCACACAGUAAUGGGUGUAGGAGGUAGAGCAGUGGGGUCAAAACACAUCCCUGAGGUGCACCAGUUGAUGAUUGUCAGCGAGGAGGAUAUGUUAUUACCGAUCCGCACAGAUUGUGGUCUUCUGGUUAGGAAGUCGAGGAUCCAGUUGCAGGGGGAGGUAGAGGGGUGCGGGUUUUGUAGCUUUUCGAUCAGGGCUGCAGGGACGGUGUUACCUGAGGAACAGGAGGAAUGGAUCUAAGUGGGUGUAGCAGUGGAUUUGUGAGGGGAAUAUGUGGGGGAGGGAAGGAAGUCAAUUUGUGGGUUUGAAAAACAACUAAAGGAUAUUGGGUGACAUGAGAAGUUAGAAGAAAGUUGAUUACUGUGCUUUCAUUCUGAGUUUCCAAAAGGGCUCAAAUCAACAAUACUGGAAGGCAUCAACUGUUAAUCAAUAAAUCUGGUUAAGUUCAAAGGUACAAUUUAAUGUCAGAGAAAUGUAUACAAUAUACAUCCUGAAAUGCUUUUUCUUCGCAACCAUCCACGAAAACAGAGGAGUGAUCCAAAGGAUGAAGGACAGUCAAAUGUUAGAACCCCAAAGUCCCCUCGAGCUCCCCCCCAGCAUGUAAGCGGCUGCAAGCAACAAUACCCCCCCCCCACUGGCAAAUAAAAUAGCAUCGGCACUUGCCACCAGGCACUCAAGUGUGAGCAAAGCAACAGCAAAGACACAGACUUACAGACUCCAAAGACUUCGCGUUUCACCAGUAUUCAACAUACCACGGGUUAUCUCUCUCCCUAAUAAGGGAGAAAGAAGUGUCUCUGUUUUCCCAGCGAGUAGGGAGACGUAAUAAACAACUCGCUGGUUUACAAUGUUAAAAGUCCGCCAUGUCGUUGAAGAAGAACAUGACAAAUACUUGGUUUAAAAAAAGAGUAGAUGAGAAUAGUAUUAAGGACAGUAUGUUGAUUUGAAGGAAUUGUUGGAUAGUUAGCUAUUUUAAUAAACAGAGAUUCCUUGUCCAACUGGUUGCAUAUUCAGUUCCACGUGUGAACUCCAGGAAACUCCUUGUGUUCUAGACAUCCAUGCAUGCAAGAAAUGUCAUCAAGCAGAGAAAGUAGAGAUCUGGAUUUUGGCACACAAGUGAGAAAUUUCAUUGUGUCCUGUUGUAUAUGACAAUAAACUAAUCUGAAUCUAGCAUGCUUAAGAAGAUGAUCACCCCAUAACUUAAGUGCUGACACAGUGGGUAUGUGUACAAAAGGAGAAGUGUCCCAAAUGCAUCAUUCUGCCUUAUAGCUAAUAGUGAAAGUGGCAAAAUUUCCUGAGGAGUGCAAUCAAAAUCAGAAUCAGGUUUAUUAUCACCGGCAUGUGUCGUGAAAUUUGUUAACUUAGCAAUAGCAGUUUAAUGCAAUGCAUAAUGUAGAAGAAAAUAAAUAAAUAAAUUACAGUAAAUAUAUUGAAUAAUUAAAAGUCAUGCAAAAACAGAAAUAACGUAUAUUUUUAAAAAAGUGAGGUAGUGUUCACGGGUUCAAUGUCCACUUAGGAAUAGGAUGGCAGAGGGGAAGAAGCUGUUCCUGAAUCACUGAGUGUGUGCCUUCAGGCUUCUGUACCUCUACCUGAUGGUAACAGUGAGAAAAGGGCAUGCCUUGGGUGCUGCAGGUCCUUAAUAAUGAAUGCUGCCUUUCUGAGACACCACUCCUUGAAGAUGUCCUGCGUACUUUGGAGGCUGGUACCCAAGAUGGAGCUGACUAAAUUUGUGACCCUCUGCAGUUUUUUCGGUCCUGUGUAGUAGCCGCCCCCCCCCACCCCCAUACCAGACAGUGAUGCAGCCUGUACAUCUAUAGAAGUUUUUGACUGUUUUUGUUGACAUAUCAAAUCUCUUCAAACUCCUAAUGAAGUAUAGUCGCUGUCUUGCCUUCUUUAGACUGCAUUGAUAUCUUGGCGCUAGGUUAGGUCCUCAGAGAUCUUGACACCCAGGAACUUGAAACUGCUCACUCUCUCUACUUCUGAUCCCUUUGAGGAUUGGUAAGUGUUCCUACGCCUUACCCUUCCUGAAGUCCACAAUCAGCUCUUUUGUCUUACUGAUGUUGAGUGAGGUUGUUGCUGCGACACCACUUCACUAGUUGGUAUAUCUCAUUCCUGUACGCCCUCUCGUCUCCAUCUGAGAUUCUACCAACAAUGAUUGUAUCAUCAGCAAAUUUAUAGAUGGUAUUUGACCUAUAUCUUGCAACACUUGGGUCUAGAGAGGGUAGAGCAGUGGGCUAAGCACACACCGCUGAGGUGCAUCAUUGUUGAUCGUCAGCGAGGAGGAGAUAUUAUCACCAAGAUUGUGGUCUUCCAGUUAGGAAGUUGUGGAUCCAAUUGCAGAGAGAGGUACGGAGGCCUGGGUUCUGUAACUUGUCAAUCAGGAUUGUGGGAAUGAUGGUGUUAAAUGCUAAGCUGUAGUUGAUGAAUAGCAUCCUGAAAUAGGUGUUUGUAUUGUCCAGGUGGUCUAAAGCCAUGUGAAGAGCCAUUGAGAUUGAGUCAGAGCCAAGGACAUGACUGGAAUAGUUCACUGAGAUAGAUAGGAGAGGAAAGCUUCAGUGGUUGAGGAUUCAAUUAGUAAGGGGCAAGAGGGUGUUUCUACAACACAGAUGUGAUUCCAGGAUGCCAUGUUGUCUCCAGGAUGCCAUGAUUCAGGUGUUUACUCUCUGGCUACAAAUGGUGGGAGCUUCAGAGCAUUGGUUUACAACAGUAUAAUAGAACAUUGAUAAAUGAGGCCAUCUCGGUUAAAAUAAAAAGCAAAGAAUGGACAAUCUUGCUACUGUAGUUCCUCAACGAUCUGAGGGAAAGUGAUUUAGGUAAAUUUCCAGUAAAUACAAACCUAGCAAGGCGAGUAAUGAUGAAUUCAACUACAAACCCCAUU